AUGGCUCCCGCUGUCGGUAUCGAUCUGGGUACCACCUACUCUUGUGUGGGUGUCUUCCGUGAUGACCGCAUUGAGAUCAUCGCCAACGACCAGGGUAACCGCACUACCCCCUCGUUCGUUGCCUUCACCGACACCGAGCGUCUCAUCGGUGAUGCCGCCAAGAACCAGGUCGCCAUGAACCCCCACAACACCGUUUUCGAUGCUAAGCGUCUGAUCGGUCGUCGUUUUGCCGACGCUGAGGUCCAGUCUGAUAUGAAGCACUGGCCCUUCAAGAUCAUUGACAAGGCCACCAAGCCCGUCAUCGAGAUUGAGUUCAAGGGUGAGGCUAAGCAGUUCACCCCCGAGGAGGUUUCUGCUAUGAUCCUCGUCAAGAUGCGUGAGACCGCUGAGGCUUACCUCGGUGGCACCGUCAACAACGCUGUUAUCACUGUCCCCGCCUACUUCAACGACUCUCAGCGUCAGGCUACCAAGGACGCCGGUCUCAUUGCCGGUCUCAACGUCCUCCGUAUCAUCAACGAGCCCACUGCUGCCGCCAUUGCCUACGGUCUCGACAAGAAGACCGAGGGUGAGCGUAACGUCCUGAUCUUCGAUCUGGGUGGUGGUACCUUCGAUGUCUCCCUGCUCACCAUUGAGGAGGGUAUCUUCGAGGUCAAGUCCACUGCUGGUGACACUCACCUGGGUGGUGAGGACUUCGACAACCGUCUGGUCAACCACUUCGUCAACGAGUUCAAGCGCAAGCACAAGAAGGACCUGACCACCAACGCCCGUGCUCUCCGUCGUCUCCGCACCGCUUGCGAGCGUGCCAAGCGUACCCUCUCUUCCGCUGCCCAGACCUCCAUCGAGAUUGACUCCCUGUUCGAGGGUAUUGACUUCUACACCUCCAUCACCCGUGCCCGUUUCGAGGAGCUCUGCCAGGACCUCUUCCGUGGCACCAUGGAGCCCGUUGAGCGUGUCCUCCGUGACGCCAAGAUCGACAAGUCCUCCGUUCACGAGAUCGUCCUCGUCGGUGGUUCUACCCGUAUCCCCAAGAUCCAGAAGCUCGUCUCCGACUUUUUCAACAAGGACGCCAACAAGUCCAUCAACCCCGAUGAGGCCGUCGCCUACGGUGCUGCCGUCCAGGCCGCCAUUCUGUCCGGUGACACCUCUUCCAAGUCCACCAACGAGAUCCUGCUGCUCGAUGUUGCCCCUCUGUCCCUCGGUAUCGAGACUGCCGGUGGUGUCAUGACUCCUCUGAUCAAGCGUAACACCACUAUCCCCACCAAGAAGUCCGAGACCUUCUCCACCUACUCCGACAACCAGCCCGGUGUCCUGAUCCAGGUCUUCGAGGGUGAGCGUGCUCGCACCAAGGACAACAACCUGCUCGGCAAGUUCGAGCUGACUGGCAUCCCCCCCCGCCCCCGUGGUGUCCCCCAGAUCGAGGUCACCUUCGAUCUUGACGCCAACGGAAUCAUGAACGUCUCUGCUUCCGAGAAGGGCACCGGAAAGUCCAACAAGAUCACCAUCACCAACGACAAGGGCCGCCUGUCCAAGGAGGAGAUCGAGCGCAUGCUGUCCGAGGCUGAGAAGUACAAGGCUGAGGAUGAGGCCGAGGCUGGCCGUAUCCAGGCCAAGAACGGUCUCGAGUCCUACGCCUACUCCCUCAAGAACACCAUCACCGAGGGCAAGCUCCAGAUGUCCGACGACGACAAGAAGAAGAUCGAGGACAAGAUCUCCGAGAUCAUCUCCUGGUUGGACAACAACCAGACCGCCGAGAAGGACGAGUACGAGUCCCAGCAGAAGGAGCUCGAGGCCAUUGCCAACCCCAUCAUGCAGGCCGCCUACGGUGCUGCCGGUGGUGCUCCCCCUCAGCAGCGCGCUGACGGCGAGACCGAGGAGAAGAAGGACGAGGAGGAGCUUGACUAA